AUGGCUGAAGUAACGAGCCAAUCUCAACAAGCCGCAGCUACCCCGGUCUACAUUCUUCGCGGACAUGCGGCCCCCAUCCAUGCCCUGUACAUCUUCUCUCAGAACCUACGGCUUGUGUCGGGCGAUGCUGAUGGCUGGAUCGUCGUAUGGGAUUUAGUCACCAAACGGCCGGUGACAGUCUGGAAGGCCCACGAGGGUGCUAUUCUUGAAGCCAAGGGAUUCGCUGUUGAUGGUGGCGGAGCAGAGAUAUACACACAUGGCCGCGACCACAAGUUAUGCGUUUGGAAACUUCGAAAAGAAGACGAUAAAUUCCUUGACAAGACGCUUCCAGUCGACGUGGCGGCUUCAAAUCAACAGGACAAGGGGACUAAGCCAUGGCUGCUGCACUCUCUCCCUGUCAAUGCACUCAACUUUUGUGCCUUUUCGAUGACAUUCAUCGAUGAGCACACCCGAAAAGACAUCGACGAUGAUUCAAAACCACACGAAACAAGAAAUAACGACAUUCUAUUUGCAGUCCCCAAUGCUUUGGACUCCGGGGGCAUUGAUAUCUUCCACCUCCCCUCUGAACUUCGCCUCUGCACUAUCCGGUCAGACCCCACCAUAAAAACCGGAAUGGUCAUGAGCGUGGAAAUCUUCCUUUCCGCGUCGGGUGAUCUCUAUGUGACAUCUGCAUAUGAGGAUGGGCAUGUAAUGGCCUUUGUUCGAAGGGGCCCGCUCGACCCGGCGAGUUUUGAUCUCAAAUAUAUCUCCUCCCACCCAUGGAAUCGCCCGCACAGCCAACCUGUUCUCUCUAUCGAUGUGCCCCCCUCACGCGAUUGCUUCUUCUCUUCGUCCGCUGAUGCUCUGAUCAUCAAACAUCCUAUCCCAACGCAUUCUAUUGGUAAGAAUGGAGAAGAUCUGCCGCUGAAAACCAUCAAUUCAAAACACUCUGGUCAACAAGGGCUGCGGAUUCGUCGCGAUGGUAAAAUUUUCGCAACUGCUGGUUGGGAUAGCAGGGUAAGGGUAUACUCUGCAAAAACAAUGAAAGAACUAGCUGUUCUCAAGUGGCACAAGGAUGGCUGUUAUGCUGUUGCCUUUGGGGAAGUUGACCCUGUCCCUGAGCCAACAUCGUCCGACAAAGCAGAAGGACAAAGUUUGUCAUUGGCUACAGUUCAUAACCAACGGAAUCUCAAAGUACAACAGACACACUGGCUGGCAGUUGGUUCCAAGGAUGGAAAGGUUUCAUUAUGGGAUAUCUACUGA